UCUCAUGUCUGAAGGACCGCUCGUCCCGUUAUUCGAUUUAAUUGUCAAUAGCGAGAAUAAUUGUGUUUUCUAGAAGAGGGAAAACCAUCGUUUCGGCGGAAUAGGCAAAGCCCCGUGAGGCAUUGCAUGGCAAGCUAUCGACAUGUCGUAAAAAUGAUAUAAAUAGAGAUAACAGUUUUCUAGUCGGUGGGCGAAAAUCUUCUCCAUUAUUAACAAUCAUCGGAAAGAUUCUCACUGUUUAUCGUUUUGAUCGCAAGUAUGUCAGGAAAACAUUUCAACGUCCACGAAGUGGGCUGUUGUAUCAAAUACUUCAUAUUCGGAUUUAAUAUUAUAUUUUGGCUGCUGGGGGUCGCAUUCCUGUCUGUGGCCCUUUGGGCCUGGAGUGAGAAGGGAGUUCUCUCUAACAUCUCCUCCAUCACAGAUCUGGGUGGGUUUGACCCAGUGUGGCUGUUUCUCGUGGUCGGUGGGGUGAUGUUCGUGCUGGGCUUCGCCGGAUGUAUAGGAGCAUUGAGAGAAAACUCAUUCCUACUCAAGUUUUUUUCCGUCUUUCUGGGAAUCAUAUUUUUCCUGGAGUUGACUGCAGGAGUCUUGGCAUUUGUCUUUAAAGACUGGAUCAAGGACCAGCUCAAGUUCUUCAUCAACAACAAUAUUAGAGCCUAUAGAGACGACAUUGACUUGCAGAAUCUCAUCGACUUCACGCAAGAUUAUUGGGAGUGUUGUGGAGCAUUUGGGCCUGAAGACUGGAAUCUGAAUAUCUACUUUAACUGUACUGACACUAAUCUGAGUAGAGAGAAAUGUGGGGUUCCCUUUUCCUGCUGCACCAAGGACCCUGCUGAGGAUGUAAUCAACACACAGUGUGGAUAUGACAUUCGAGCGAAAAGUGACAAUGAACAGAAGAUGUUUAUACACACAAAAGGAUGUGUACCGCAGUUUGAAAAAUGGCUACAGGAGAAUCUAACUGUAGUUGCUGGAAUCUUCAUAGGAAUUGCACUUCUGCAGAUAUUUGGGAUCUGCCUGGCUCAAAAUCUCCUGAGUGACAUUGAGGCGGUCAGAGAGAGCUGUUUGUUCACCUGAAAUGAUUGAGCCAUUCGUCAGACAGAGCCUCCAUCUUUCUGUCACUCAGCAAUAGAACUGGCAAAUUAUCAUCCGAGUAUCCUAGCAACCAGUGAAGGAGUCACAACCAAAUUCACAUACCUCCUUUUUUACAAUGUACAACGACAUCUUAAUGUUUCCAUGAUAAUGAUGUACAACGAUAGAUUUGUAUUAUUUUUAAGUCAUCUCUAAUCCUUUUUUAAACAUCACACAAACAUUAAUUUAAACAUUAUUGACAUGCUGACCCAACACACAACUGAUUUAUUUUUUAUACUUGUCAGUCUAUGUACAUGUGCAUCAAAUGAAUGUCUUUGACACCUUGAACGUUGCAUUUUUAAAACCUGUCAAGUUGAAAAUGGUUAAACUUCUAAAAAGUAUGUCUCGAGACUCCUGUGUUCAGUUCAAUUCGAUUGCACAAGAACUCAAACUGAACCCUUACAAAUUUCUGCCUAAUUGAAACUGAUGCAGAAGAUGCAGUUGUGAUUAUUUAUUUAUAUAUAUAUAUAUAUACAAAUUCUGUGUUCAACGCUGUUGAGAUUAUUAUACUUAUAGCUACGUAUUGGUAGCUGAAAGCGUUAUCUACUCAGUUGUAAUAUGUAAUAAACAAACACACAAGGGACAAGAUUGUUAUAAUUUUGUGAAGGACGGCCGUUCACCUUCUGCUGAGCUUUUAGUAGAAUUCUGUGUCCGCGGGAAUUCAUUGAGACCACUUGUUUAUUUUUUUAUUCACAUUGUCACAUAGUGUCUGUAUAUGACCUGUUAAAUGGAUUUUAUAAAACACAGUUGCUUUUGAAUCUAAGAGAAAAUACAUUGCAUGCGUAUUGGAAAAACACUACAUUUUCCCAGUGUUAAAAUAUUUUUGUGAAUAGUUAGGUUUAUGGCUUUGAAAUUAUAGCCACUAGAAUGUUAAAAAAAUAAAUUAGCUCUGAGAUUUUGCCAGAUUGAAGGCUUUAAUUCAAACUGGUUAAAACAGAACGAAACCCACUAAAGUUGGUAAAAUCAUGACACAAAAUAAGAAAUAAAUUUUCCAUAAAAAAAAAUAAAGCCUAUCAUGGUGCCAUCAAGACUUUUGGUAUUGUGACAUUACCAUUAUGACAACUAAGCUCAUUACAUCACUGUAAUGCUAAAAUCAAUUCUAAUAUAUUUAAGUUAUAAAGUAUUACUACAUCAUGGUCGUAUGAAAAAGACUAAAACACGUGUUAUAUAUAUAUACACACAGGAAGAUUUUCA